CUGGGCGUGAGGUGUGGGGGUGAGAGAGACGGCAUCAGCAGCAGGAGGAGGAGCCCCUCAGCUGGAAGGGGGUGGGGUGCAGUGCCGGCUGGAAGAGUGGCUAAGUUGAGUGCAGCGCUGUGCCGCCUCCCCUGAGUUCAGGGGACUGCACUCAGAAAACAAUUCCGCAGGAACGGGGAGUAGCGAGCAGUGUGUGUGUGUCUCAAACCGAAAUGCAGACACGGACAGUUGUGGGAUGAAGGGCAAUGUAUGACUCUGGGGGUGGGGGGUGGUGGGGGCUGCAGUAAAAAUGCCCCGGCAGGUCGAGGGGUUGGUGAAGUUGAAUGUGACAGUGAAUUAGCUGGCGGUGUCAUUCUGCAGCACAGUGAGUGCAAACCUGGGUGGACGGAAACCCAGUGGUGAUACAGUAUCAAUUCAGCUAGAAAAGAGCAGAGCGAGAGAAAUCAUUGGGUUGAUAUGAAUUCUGUAUCUGGAAGCAAAGAGCGGGCUGUUUUUGCAAGGAAUCGCAAGCAUGUGGGGACGGCGGAGAGUUAUUCACAGACAAAACUGGCAACUUUCACCCCGGAGAUGUGGUACAGGAGAAGCUUCCAGCCUUGCGAGGAAUCCCGGACAGUGAACCGACCCGCCCCCGAAGGAGCCGGCUCGGUGCCCGGCUCGGGUACCGCGUCUCCGGGCUCCAGCAGCGGCGGCGGCUCCCCUGGAUCGUCUCUCGGCGGCUCCCCCGGCUCAGGCGGCGGCUCGCCGGGUUCGGUGGCCGGAUCGUCCCCGGGCUCUGGUUCACCCGGUUCCUGCGGCUCGGAGGACAAGGGCAUUUGGUGCGAGAAUUGUAACACGCGACUGGUGGAGCUCAAGAGGCAGGCUCUUAAGAUGAUGAUCCCGGGAGCGUUCUCCAGCAAGGACCCGGCUUUCUCUGCUCUGAUCCACGACAAGCUGCAGGUGCCCAACACCACCCGCAAAUCCUGGAAUGAACGUGACAACCGGUGUGAUAUCUGUGCCACCCACCUCAACCAGCUGAAGCAGGAAGCCAUCCAGAUGGUGCAGACGCUGGAGCAAGCGGCUGCGUUGGAGCAGUAUGACCCACUGCCAGGCUCCCCGCCGCCCCUCUCCAACAUCCCCUCGCUGGUGGGCUCGCGCAACAUCGGCAGCUUGCAGUCCUCUCGAGAAUGGGCCUUCGUUCCCGCUGCUUAUGCUGCCACUACCACCUAUGCCAGUUUCUUGACCAGUAAGCACGGGGGCAAGCCCAAUUCGCUGGGAAUCGUCGGAGGGGCAGAGAAGAAGAGCGGGUCUCCUGGGCAUUCAGUCACUAAGGCUGGCCUGCAGAUGCCCACCAGUCCCAGCAAUGGCAACAUUCUGAGCUCCGUUGCCAUCCAGGCCCAUCAGUACCUGGAAGGAACAUGGUCUGUCUCCAGGACGAACGGUGUGACGCUGUAUCCCUACCCGAUAUCACAGCUGAUGUCCGAGAAUUGCCGGGAAGGUUUGACCGAGGCGGUUCUGAACCGCUACAACUCUGACAAGCCGUCGGUGUGCAGCAGCUUCCCGAGCUCCCAGGGGACCUACGUAUCAAGUGCAGCCUCGAGUGGGACCUCAGCUGCAGCAUCGUUCUUUGCAAGGGCUGCCCAGAAACUCAACCUGUCCUCCAAAAAGAAGAAACACCAUCGCUCUCCUGCUGCGAAUGUGCCCGAGUCCCCGCUGUUCCCGACCAACUUCAGCGGAAUCCUGCAGGCGUCCCCACCCCCGGCUCCCCCCUGCCUUCUCCGAGCUAUCAACAAAGUGAAGGAGAGCCCAGGGAUGGGAAAGGUGAAGGUCAUGUUGCGGAUCUGCUCAGCAUCAGUUGGGGACACAUCAGAAUCCAGCUGCUUCUUUAAAGUUGACCCCCGCAAAAAGCAGAUCACACUGUACGACCCCCCGGUCAACGGGCUACAGAACUCUUCACAGAAGAGAGGGGGCCUGGUGCCACCAAAGAUGUUUGCUUUCGACGCUGUCUUCCCACAAGAUACAUCACAGGCUGAGGUGUGUGCAGGAACUGUAGCCGAGGUGAUCCAGUCGGUGGUGAAUGGCGCAGAUGGCUGCGUGUUCUGUUUCGGACAUACUAAGUUGGGAAAGUCAUACACCAUGAUUGGAAAGGAUGAUUCCAUGCAGAAUCUUGGUAUCAUCCCUUGUGCCAUCUCCUGGCUCUUCAAACUGAUUAAUGAGAGGAAAGAAAAGACAGGAGCGCGUUUCUCGGUUAGAGUCUCUGCCGUGGAAGUCUGGGGGAAGGAGGAAAACCUGAAAGACCUACUGUCUGAGGUAGCAACAGGCAGCCUGCAAGAUGGCCAGUCCCCUGGAGUCUACCUCUGCGAGGACCCAAUCUGUGGCAUGCAGCUCCAGAACCAGAGCGAGCUCCGUGCCCCCACAGCGGACAAAGCUGCCUUCUUUUUGGACGCUGCCAUCGCUGCGAGGCGGUGCAGCCGGCCUGAGUGCGACGAGGAGGACCAGAGGAACUCCCACAUGCUGUUCACGCUGCACAUCUAUCAGUACCGCAUGGAGAAGAGCAGCAAGGGGGGAAUGUCAGGAGGUCGCAGCCGCUUACACCUCAUUGACUUGGGCAGUUGUGUAAAAGUGCUGAGCAAAAGCCGCGAGGGGGGCUCGGGGCUCUGCCUGUCCCUGUCUGCACUGGGGAAUGUCAUCCUGGCUCUCGUCAAUGGCACCAAGCACAUCCCCUACAAGGAGAGCAAGCUCACCAUGUUGCUGCGGGAAUCCCUUGGCAACUUGAACUGCCGGACCACCAUGAUUGCCCACAUCUCAGCUUCCUCCAGCAACUACUCCGAAACCCUGUCCACCAUCCAGAUCGCAUCGCGAGUCCUCCGAAUGAAGAAGAAGAAGACAAAGUAUACCUCCAGUUCGUCCGGGGGUGAGAGUUCGUGCGAGGAAGGAAGGAUGCGUCGGCCCACACAACUCCGACCGUUCCACCCGAGGGGAGCAGGGGAUGCAGACCUCCCCAUCUUAAACUUGUCGAGCGACCCAGACUACUCAUCCAGCAGCGAGCAGUCGUGUGACACCGUCAUCUAUGUAGGCCCUAACGGCACCACCCUGAGUGACAAGGAGCUGACCGACAACGAGGGGCCGCCUGACUUUGUGCCCAUAAUUCCCUCACUGCAGAAGAACAAGAAUGAGACUAGGCCCGAAGGCAGCACUGAGCCUGUGGCGGUGCUGCCGGAGAAGGACUGCCUGAAGUGCAACACUUUUGCUGAGCUGCAGGAGCGGCUGGAGUGCAUCGAUGGCAGUGAGGAGCCAGACAAGUUCCCCUUCGAAGAGCUUCCGUGCAGUGAGCAGCCUGUGAUGGGCGAGGAGGUGCAGGCCCAGAGGGGAGAGGCCCAGCAACUGCUCGGACAGACGGCGGCGCGCUGGGCCCCAGAGGAGAGCACAGAGGAUGCCCAUCCUGGCCCUGUGCGAGCCCAGGCCGUGCUGCAGGGCGGUUCGGCACCGUCCUCCCCCCGGAGCAUCAUGGGAGGUGGCAACACCCAACUGAACGCAUCAUCGAGGAGCCAGAGCACGAAGGAUGUCCCACACGGUGGAGGUGGCGCGGAGCUUAAGCCUAGGCCCAUGGGCUCCCCGAGGCUAGGGAUAGCAAGCCUGUCAAAGAGCUCCGACUACAAGCCCCAGCAUUCACCCUCUCAGCGCUGCAAGGUGUACACCCAGAAAGGCUCCCUGCCCAGCCCGGCCGCUCCCCCACCCCACACACCAACCAGGGACUGCAAGAGGGAAAUCAGGGCGGCCCCGGUGGGAAUGAGCCCCCAGGUGAUGAAGAGAUCCGUGUCUUCGGGCACGCAGCUUUCACAGGACUCGGCCCUCUCAGACCAGAAGCAGGAGCCUUCUGACAUCGACGAGAAAGAAAUGAUGAGCUGGGCCACGGUCACCCUGCAGCAGCCCCUGGAGCUGAACGGGGAGGACGAGCUGGUGUUCACUCUGGUCGAGGAGUUGACCAUCAGCGGCAUUCUGGAGAAUGGGCGGCCCACCAGCAUCAUCAGCUUCAACAGCGACUGCUCGGUCCAGGCCAUGGCUUCAGGCUCCAGGCCCGUCAGCAUCAUCAGCAGCAUCAACGAGGACCUGGACUGCUAUUCGAGCACCAGCCCCUUCUCCGAAGUCAGCAUCACCAAGUUCCUGCCCUUCCCCAAGCCGGGCCUAGAUGAGAAAGUGUUGGUUUCGAGCAGCCACCGCUCAUCCAUUAGCUCCUGGCUCAGUGAGAUGAGCACGGGGAGUGACGGUGAGCAGUCCUGUCACAGCUUUGUCACCCAGACCUGCAGCGAUAAUGGUGAAGCCUUGGCAGACCCCUCACUGCUGGAUGUGGUGAGCAGUCACCAGGAGGAGUGUGUGGCGUAUGCUCGCAGCGGAAAGUACUCGGUCAUGGACAAAUUCUUCAGCAUGUCGGAGAAGGCCCACGAGGCCAAAGGCCUCUACCAGAUAGCCGCUAACCAGAACUGCAAGAUCGCAGCGCUGGGGAAGACCACGGUCAGAAUAUCGAAUGCUCCGGGCUUGCCCAGGAGCGAGGGCUGUUUCCCCAUUCAGACGAACAUUUCGAUGCGCCCCUGUAUCAGGCUGGAGCCGGUGCAUUUCCCCGAACAGCACCACCUGUUGAAACCUGUCGACUGUCCUCCAGCGCACCCCCACCAUCGCCACACCAGGGCUGCCUCACAGGAGAUGACCUUCGAUGACCCGUGGUUGAAGCGCGAGGACGGGGAGGAGGAGGACGAGGACAACGAGGAAGAGGAGGAGGAAGAGGAGCUGGAGGACUCUGGGCUGGAUGGAAACGAGAGCGCUGACAGAGGAGGGGGUCGAAAGCAGACCGCGGCCGAAAGCCCUGGCAGCGGCAGGUCCGAAACCCCCGUCUCGCCCGCACAGGGAGAUCCUUCCAAGAGGGUGGUGGAUGGCUGUGAGGUGGGGCUGACUCCUUCGUGCAGUCAGAGUUCCACCCUCUCGCUGGACAGUGCCAAGGAGUGCAGCUUAUCCCAGGCACUACCGCGUCCAUUGCUCGCCAAGCAAGACAACCUGGAGGGUGCCUCCCUCAGGCCGCUGUGCCUCCCCGCGGAGAGCAGUGGCACUUCUGUGACCACCACUACGUCGCAGGCCUCCACCACUUGCAGCCCCAAAGCCACCCUGGAGAGGAGAGUGGGCUCUCCCAACAAGCAGGGCCUGCUGCCGGCCCGGCCUAAAGGGAUGCCCCCGCUGCCCCCGGUCAGGAAGUCGAGCCUCGAUCAGAGGAACAGAGCGAGUGCCCAGCACACGCCGGGUGGCAGCAGCCAGGCUACAACGGUGUUGGCAGCUACGCCAGACGAAGGCGGCGCCCACGUCAAAGCCAAGGCCCCAAAUGUGGAGAACUGCGGCAAAGCGAGCAGUGGGAAAGGUGAACUGUUCAGCAGCCGGCCUAACUCCCUGAACAGGCGGUACGCUGGCCAGUACGAGUGCCUCUCUUUGGAGAGGGCAGGGAGCUUGACGUCCAUGGGGUCGAAGGUCAGCGUGCCCCGAGACAGCACAAUGCCUCGAGCAGGCCGCAGCCUGAAUCGAGCCACUGUGUCAUCACCUACGCAGCCCGGCACUCCGCCGUCAGCGGACACCUCCCCAAAGUCAGGCACCUCCAAGAUAUCAGCCGUCAGCAAGCUGCUCCUAGCCGGCCCCAAGUCCCGCAGCCUCUCGGCGUCCAGCACAAAGACCCUGAGCUUCUCCACCAAAUCACUCCCUCAGUCCGUCGGCCGCAGCUCCAGCAUGCCAUCCAACUCGAGGAACAUGUCCUGGUCCACCCAGUCUCUCAGCAGCAAGCAGAGCAGGGGAUCCAGCAUCGUGGCCAAGCUUCCCCUGCGGGCUGUCAAUGGCAGGAUCUCCGAGCUGCUGCAGGGGACCACGGGCUCCAGGAGUAGCCAGCUGCGGGCCAGCGCUGAGUCGGAGAAAUGGAGCCCGCACCCGGGUGAGAAGCCCCUCACUCAGGCCCUCCCAUCACCCUACAGCAAGGUCACCCCACCCCGCAAACCUCACCGGUGUAGCAGCGGUCACGGCAGUGACAACAGCAGUGUGCUAAGUGGCGAACUGCCCCCUGCCAUGUGCAAAACCGCCCUGUUCUACCACAGUGGGGGCAGCAGUGGGUAUGAGAGCAUGAUCAGGGAUAGCGAGGCCACAGGAAGCACGUCGUCGGCCCAGGACUCCAUGAGUGAGAAUGGGAACUCGGUGCCAGGUAGAUCCAGGAGUCUGAAAUCUCCAAAGCGCAGGAUGAACACAGGUUCCCAAAGACGGAGAGUCCUCCCGAGCCUGUCCCCUGAUGCAGCAUCUCCGGCCCGGAAGCCGGCCAACAGCUCCGGGGUCCGCUGGCUUGACCUGCGACCCAUGCAGAGGGGCCUGGCCGAACCAUUUGAGAUAAAGGUCUAUGAGAUCGAUGAUGUGGAACGACUGCAGAGGAGGCGAGCAGCAAACAGCAAGUUGCGGGGAUUUGUAUGCUUCAACGCAAAACUGAAGAUAUUGGAACAUCGGCAGCAGAGGAUCUCAGAGGUCAAAACCAAAUAUGACAUACUGAGGAAGGAGCUGGAAGCCACCAAGCAAAGACUGAUGCUGGAUCCGAGCAAGUGGGUCAGCGAGUUUGAUCUGGAUCAAGGUUUCGAGGUAGACUCGCUGGAAUAUCUGGAAGCUCUGGAGUGUAUCACCGAGCGGCUGGAACACCGGGUCAAUUUCUGCAAAGCUCACCUCAUGAUGAUCACAUGCUUCGACAUCGCGUGCGGGAGGCGCUAGAGAGGGGGCGGUUGGGGCUGGGCGAACCGAGUGCUCAUGGCAGAGGAGGAGACCGGAGCGGAAGGAGGAUUCUUUUCUUUUGAAAAAAAAACACCCAAAGAUACCAGGAAGACGAGGGCGGAGGUGCAAAGUGUGGAGCGUGUUUGCGAAAUGAGCUUUGUUUCUGGCAACAACGGAAUAUACACAGAGGGACGGAAAAGAAUGGGUGGAGGGGCUGAAUAUUGGAGUGUGAGAAUGUUCACUCUUCCAUCAGAUUGUCAAAGCACUUUUGAGGAACUUUUGCGAUGUUGUAAAUAGGGACCACUCACUCCAAUUUCCCUUUAUUUGCUGGUUGGGGUGGGUGAUAGUGGGUGGGAGGUGGAAUGAAGGGCUGUUACUAAGAAAUCCAUAAUGAUAUACAGAAGGACAAUAAGUGCCUUGUAAACUUUAUUAUAUUAUAUUAUCCAAAAUCUUACAUCGACACAUUAUUGUACAGUUGGUGCUAGAUGAUGAAUGUCUCACUGUGCUGUUAUAGAGGCGGUAUCCAUUUUGUAAACCAAACUUAAACCUACACCCCAUCCCAAACCCAACAUUCUCACCAAGCUCGGUGUUUAACACAGAAUCCGAUGACGAGCAGGGGGAGAAUGCCAGUGAACUUGCUUACCUUGUGGGUCCACAGAAGAAUAUUUCGUAACAUUUUGAACCAAUUUUGACUGAUUCUACACGGUAUUCCCUUUUUAUAUAAAGGUUUGGCGAACUGUAAAGUGCGUCGUAGUGUGGAGUUGAGUUUUCAAGAAUCCAGUGGAGCUACAUUGAACAAAAAUUAAAGAAUAAUGUUUCAGUAAAGGAUGAACUCAAGGUUGUUUUACUUGGUGUUUUAACUACUUGCUGUUUUUAAGUAACUUUGUAUCUCUAGAGUAGGUCAGUAGUUAGGAAGCCGCACAUUAUUAAAGUGAAUGUCAUUUACUCAUGGUGAAUAGACCACUCAGGGCCCCAAUGAUGCCUCUCAGGCAGACCCCUGCAAGCUUUGUAUAAUUUAAAACCAAUUCACAAGCACAUAUGGACAUCUUUAUAUGGACACACACGCACGCACACGCGCACACACACACACACACACGCACACACACAGUAAACGUAAUCCAGCUUCUCCCAUGUUCUGCACUCGCACGUGUAAUUUGCAAGCAGUGUGUGUUUAGUGAUGUUACCGGAAGAGCCACUCCAUCAUCUUCGUAGGCCAUUCGGCCACCCCACCUCCUCCUGACCCCCUGUGAACCUGCUGUGCAGGUCAUGGCUGUUCAAUACAUCCAGCAUUAUUAGCCUGCCUCAGCUCCAGAAUCCUGGUUAGUUUUAACCAACAAUCCAAGUGCGUCCUGAAAUCUCGUCGUGUGUCGUUUAUUGAAUCUGAAACUUAGGUCAUUUGUUACAAGGUUGCAAGGCAAAAUUUUGUCUGAUCUCUGUUCAGGCCGGCAAUGGUCCUGCCAACAAAGCAAUGACGUCAAUGGACACUGUACAGAAAUCUGUUACCAUCAUGCAGUACUGCUUUGGGCUGUUCACAAGCUGGAAUUACAGUCGAGGUUUGGAUGGGAUACAACUGACCUAAACCCUGAUGGAAUGUGUUGAAGCGAGAGGUUCAGAAAAGCUAAUUAAUGGAAUUGGCAUCUGACUAAUUCUGGCCUGGAUAAUCUGGCAUUUAACAAGGAUGUCUCUGAGGUCAACUAAAUUCUGAGAAGCUCGAUUUGAAAAUAAAAGCCCCUUCUUAUUUUCAAUGUGCUCUGUCUGGAUGACUGAAUGUGAAUUAUUGCUAUUUAACACAACUAAUCAUCAGUAAAGCAAACUAUAGAGAUUGCAGAGAACGUAGAACAGUACGGCACAGAACAGGCCCUUCGGCCCACCAUGUUGUGCAGACCAGUUUAGGCCAAGGACAUAGGCUACAGUACUGUCUCCAUUUUCAAAUCAGACUCUGUCCCCAUUGCGUUGUCUCUGGCUGCAGUGCAGUAACUUCCAUCCAGUCCUUAAUCUGCGGAAAACCAGCCACACUGACCUCGUUCCCAUGCACCCCCAAAGUAACGUUCAGCCUGUGCCAUCCCCAGAUCCAGUGCCAGCUCUUGCUGGGCACUCAGCAACCUGUGCAGAACAGACUGGAACCUGAGAGCUUUGCAGGACAUGAGGUAGAAAUAAUCUUCAUGUUUAAGCAUGUCUGUCUCCAUUUCAAUGUGAUACCACAGUAGCAUACUCGAAGGACUUCUGUAGGACAAUGAAUCUAAUUCACACGGUAGUGAGCCGAUGACAGGUUGCUGGAUGGAGAUUAAAAGACUACACCCCCAUUGCCACCAGCCCCUCCCCCCGCUUGGCCUCACCAUUAGACCUGAUCUAACCUGGUGAACAGGUUAGCAGCAUGACACACAGUUUUGGGUUCAUCAGUUUUAUGACGAGGUUGAUUAUUUUAUUGCUCUUUCCACCCAUAAAGGGCAUAAUUAAAAGAGCAAACGCCACACUGAAGGAAGCUAAUCACUGUCAGAUUUGGCAGUAGGGUCAAAGCACUUCACACCUGUUGUUGGCCAGAGCGACGGCUUUUUCCUGGGAAAUCCAAAAGCCUCCAGGGAAUUUCCACACCUAAGGAAUGAGUGAGACUGAGCCUGGCAUUUGUCUGCCUGAGAAACACAUUGCCUCUGUGUGGUCUUUCUCAAAAGUUGUGCAUUAUAUUUUCCAGAUAUUUGUCUCUUUAAUGGUGCUUGUGGCAACUUCAGCUCUGAAUGUUUAUAAGUCAAAUUCUUUUCCUCUCUUGACUUAAAUUAAUCCCACACUUUGAGCUGCUGCCUAACACAUCUUUGUCAUGUUAUGUAUGAAGGACAUAAUUUAUUUAUGAGCUCAGGAUGCUCUUGUUUUAUAAAGUUGCUUGUAUUUUGUAAUUUAUUUACACAUCACAAUAAGAAGCUAACCAGUGCUAACUAUGCAUUGUUAUGUACAGUCGCCCAAUUCACAUCGUUCUGCCUUUGUUUUAGCUUGGUUUCCUUUGCAUUGUAAUCUUGGACUUUACUUGUCAGAACAGUUGAGGCUUGCUGUUUACCUAAUCCCCUUUGUAUAAAAUGUGUACCAUAGUCAAAUAUUGUAGCCUGGUAUUGUGAAUAAACAUUAUAUUUUA